CAUGACAUAGUGCGAAGAUGUGUGGCGUAGAUGAAAAAUGCAACUUCCUGUUAAGAAAGGGCCUUAACGCCGAGUCGAGGAGGCGAGUGUCUCUCUGACUCCGUUCUUGUCUCUAGACCUGCAGACACAAGAUUGAGGGAUUUUUUUUUUAGGUAAAAAUACACAGACAACUGGACUCACUGAUUAGACGAACGAGAACACGACAUAUGGUGUCUUAGAAGAGCCGUUUCAACUUUUGGCUAUGGCGAGAUUUUUCGGACUAGGGCCAUUGAUUUUGGUCCUAUGCAUGGCUUUAUGUGUACAUUUUGGUGACUCAGCCAACUCAACCGACCCCUCCACUAAUCCCACUCUAACCACUCUCAAUACCCCAGCAGUCAGUACAGUUCCCCCAACUGAUACGCAGGCAGGUCCCAAUGGUGGCAACGAUAGCACACCUACCACUCCUCCAAGCACAACUAGAGCAAAUAUCACUCAAGAGACUAAGUCUGAAAGCGAUAAGACAACUCAGAUAAAGGGACCAGGCUCACCCACACCCACCACCUCACCCCCACGCACUACUUUACUGAAUCCAGAAAUACAAGAGACAGCGGUGACAUGCCCUAAAAUUGACAUAAAAGAGGAUGUGCGUGCAUUGAACAAAACAGAAGGCAGAGUUCCUGGUGACGUUAUUCAGUUUGACUGCAAAUCUUCUGAUAAAACCAUAGAUGGAAGUAGUAGCAUUAUCUGCACUGAUACUGGCGCCUGGAAUGCAUCUGUUCCAAAGUGUAAAGAAAUAUCAUGCACACCGCCUAACAUAGAACAUGAAACUGCUAUCCAGGUGAAAGAUUACAAGAAAGACGACACAUUACAAUAUAAAUGUGUUAAAGGAUAUAAACCCAGGCAAGGAACUUCCAAGUGCACUAAAGAUGGCUGGACUCUCGAGCCAAAAUGUGAAGUGGUGAAAUGCCCAAAAAUUCACACAGAUGGGGAUUUGACUGCAUCGGGCAACACAGAAGGAGGAGGUUAUGGUGACGUUAUUCAGUUUGACUGCAAAUCUAAUAAAAGAAUAGAUGGAAGUAGUAGCAUUAUCUGCAUGGAUACUGGCAACUGGAGUGCAUCUGUUCCAAACUGUAUAGUGUUACCUACACAAAGUACAGAGAAAACCACCGACUUACUUACAAGCACCACCCUCAAAUCUCCCACCUCCACCAUCUCCAUCAUAACCUCACCUGCAUCCACCAGCACCAUCAUCACCAAACCUUCCAUCUCCAACAUAGUCUCAACCACACCCACCACAGUCUCACCCACAUCCAGCAAAAGCACCACCAUGGGGUCCGGUUUUGUAAGUACAGGCUCGACUCCGGCAAACCAAACAACCUCACCCACACUCACCCCCACGCAUCAACACACCAACGGAUCUUCAGGGGCUAUCACUGAAAAUGAUAAGACAACUCCAAAAAAUGUAUCAGGCUUACCCACACUCACCACCUCACAUCAACCUUCAGAGGAAGGCCUCUCACUCUCACGCACUCCUUCACAGACCUCAAUAACAGAAAAGACAGAGACUAACUCUGAAAAAGUAAAGACGACUCCGGUAAAUGUAUCAGGCUUACCCACACUCACCACCUCACCUAAAACUCCAGUCGAAGUCCCCUCACCCCCACACAUUCCUUCACUGACCUCAAAACCAAAAGAGACAGGUACAAACAAAACCACCACCUUACCUCCAAGCACCACCCUCAAACCUACCACCUUCAACAACACAGCCUUACCUGCAUCCAUCACCAUCAAACCUCCCCCCUCUGAAACCUCCAGCUCUGCCUCACCCACACCCACCACCACAAACUCCACCACAACCAGCACAAGCAUCAAUACGGGUACCACUCUACAACCUGGAUGUGAUAUUAAGAUUAUGGUGACUAAUAAUACUGCAGAGGUGACAAUUAUCAAUGGCAACCCAAAUGAAACAUACACUGUCAUAAUAAAGGAAACUUCUAAUGGGAAUUUUAUACAUCAAGAAAUCAAAGGCCAAAAAAGCCCAAUGGUUCCGCUAAAACCAUGCACUAAAUACACAGCUGAAGUACGUCACUGUAAAGCCCCCGAAAAAAAGACUUUUAGCACAAAAGAUACGAUACCACCUGUCUCUACUGUAAACGACUGGAAUGAUACACAUGUGUGCUUUAAAGUUGAAGUGUGGAAUUUUACAAAGUGUGUUGAUAUAAAUAAUACGGCAGGAUGCUCAAAUGUGUCAAUAGUCGAAAACCUUGGCGCAUGUAAACAGAAAAUAUUUGUCCAUAUGCCCCCAGGUAAACCUAAAAUAAACUUCACGGAAAAAAUCCCCACUCAGUUCGAGUGGAGUAAUAAACCAAGUGAAUGUAAUGGCCCCUUAAAAAUCCAUUGCACCAGAGAGGCUUGGAACCUUACUUUUCAGUUAAAUAAAAAUGUGUCAUUUUUGCCUACAAAAGACUAUACCUGCAUUGGAGAAUACACUCAUAAACAUAAAACCACCAAGGGUGAACCUUGCCCAGUUAACAUAAAAUGUGAUUGGCCAAAAAAGGCAGUAUUUCAAAACAUUACAGAGAACGGCUUUAAUAUAUCGUCGGAUUCAUCCCUUAUGGAUAAAUGCCCAGGCAUUAAACUGCAAGGUUAUUCAGCCAAAUGCAACAACACCGAAAACAGCAUUAAUUGUCAACAAGAUAAGGAAAAUGGCACAGUUUGUCAUUUUAACAAUUUAAAGCCAUAUAAGUAUUAUACAUGUGACAUUAAAGCCAUGGUCACCACCAUCGCCAGUAAUGACACUGACAACGUCAAACUUUCCAUCUCUAGUGGUACCGAACAAACAGAUUCUGCCAAACCCAGUAUCAGUCAAACCAUACAUGUAGAUUACACUUCACACAAUUCCAUUAAAAUAACAUGCGAUGGUGUCACAGAUUGGAAUGGAAAAGAAGGAACAUAUGAGGCUGUACUUGCAUAUGACGGAUAUUCUGACACACGUUCUUUACCUGUGAAAAAAUGCGCGUUUUCAUUUCCAGAUCUUUACUACCUUACUACGUAUAAUAUUAAGAUUACAGCCACAAAUGGAGAGAAAAAAUCUUCUGAAAUUACUCACAAAACUACUACUAAAUACAACGACAAAGCUGUUAUUGGAUUUCUGGCUUUCCUCAUUAUUGUGACAUCAAUUGCCCUUCUUUUUGUGCUGUUCAAAAUUUUCCUACUCAAACGAAAGCGGACUCCUGAAGAAAUUCCUCUUACAGCACAUUCGCUGCAAAACAUCGAUCCCAUCUUAGCAGAGAAUUUAAUUGAGGUCUAUAAGAGAAAGAUUGCUGAUGAAGGACGCCUUUUUAUGGAUGAGUUUCAGAGCAUUCCCAGAAUCUUCUCCAAUUACACCAUUAAAGAGGCUAAGAAGCAGGAAAACCAGUCCAAAAACCGCUAUGUUGACAUUCUGCCUUAUGAUUAUAAUCGUGUUGUACUGACUGAAGGAAGCAAUGAUUAUAUCAAUGCCAGCUUCAUCGAGGGAUUCAAAGAGCCAAAGAAAUACAUCGCAGCCCAAGGACCCAAGGAUGAGACCAUUGAAGAUUUCUGGAGGAUGAUCUGGGAGCAAAAGUCAUCCAUCAUCGUCAUGGUUACCCGUUGUGAGGAAGGAAAUAAGACCAAAUGUGCUCAGUACUGGCCAUAUUUAGAGAGAGAAACUGAGAUAUAUGAAGAUUUUGUGGUGAAAAUAAAAUCAGAAGAACACUGCCCCGAUUACAUCAUUCGCCAUUUGCUUGUAACCAAUAAGAGAGAGAAAGCCGCCGAAAGAGAAGUCACUCACAUUCAGUUCACCAGCUGGCCGGAUCACGGUGUCCCUGGAGACCCCAGCCUGCUUCUGAAGCUGAGGAGAAGAGUCAACUCCUUCAAAAACUUCUUCAGUGGUCCAAUCGUGAUACACUGCAGCGCCGGUGUCGGACGCACAGGAACGUAUAUUGGCAUUGACGCCAUGAUCGAAAGUUUGGAGUCAGAGGGCAGAAUGGAUAUUUAUGGAUAUGUGGCAAAACUACGUCGCCAGCGUUGCCUCAUGGUUCAAGUUGAGUCCCAGUACAUAUUGAUCCACACGGCUCUGAUAGAACAUAACCAGUUCGGAGAAACAGAAGUCUUGCUGUCCGAUUUCCAUUCGGAGCUCAACACCCUCAGACACAAAGAUGGAAAUGACACAAGCUUGCUUGAAAUGGAGUUCCAGAAACUCCCGAAAUUUAAAAACUGGAGAACAUUUAACACCGCAACCAACGAGGACAACAAGAAGAAAAAUCGCUACUCGACUGUUGUCCCAUAUGAUUACAACCGUGUCCUGUUCAGACUUGAGUUAGACUCCAACCAGACCAGUGAUCCCGAAGAUGAUGAUGAAUCUUCAUCAGACGAAGAGGAGGAAUCUAAUGAAUACAUCAACGCCUCCUUUAUUGACGGUUACUGGUGUGGGAAGAGUCUCAUAGCGGCACAGGGACCUCUGGCCAACACGGCAGCUGAGUUCCUGCUAAUGCUUUAUCAACAACAAACCAAAACUAUAGUCAUGCUAACCGAUUGCAAAGAAGACGACAAGGAUUAUUGCUUUCAGUACUGGGGAGAUGAAAAGAAAACGUUCGGAGAUAUUGAAAUCGAAGUGAAAAAGACAGAGAGUUUCACGACGUACGUCAGACGACGUUUGGCGAUCCAGUCCACAAAGAAGAAGGAGGUGCUUGAAAUGGACCAGUAUCAGUUCCUCAAGUGGAAAAGCCGAGAGCUUCCAGAGAACGCUCAGGAGUUGAUCGAGAUGAUGAGGAGCAUCAGAGAGUCCGGCGGUUACGACAACAGCAGGAAGAACCGAAGCAUUCCCAUCGUGGUGCAUUGCAACAAUGGAUCUUCACGUACUGGGAUCUUCUGCGCCUUGUGGAAUCUCCUGGACUGCGCAUUAACGGAGAAGUUGGUGGACGUUUUCCAGGCGGUCAAAAACGUGCGCAAGGAGAGACAGGGAAUGAUAGAGACAUUCGAGCAGUAUCAGUUCCUCUAUACGGCCCUAGAGGGCGCCUUUCCCGUGCAGAAUGGUGGCAUAAAGUCACAAGCAUCCGACAGCAUCCAAAUCAUCAACGAAACCACAGCACUUCUCUCUGAACAAGCCAGCAAUACCAACACUGACCAGAAGGAGGAGAAGGAGGAGGAAACAAGCAAACCCAAAGAGAGCAGUGAGCAGAAAGACACAGAUGCUCCUGUUGCUCCUGCUCCUCCUCCUGCUGAUGCUCCUGCUGCUGAUGCUACAGCUAAAGAAGAAAGCAGCACAUCACCAUCACCACCAGAGGGAGACAAUGAGAAACCAUCCACAGAGGGCACCACAAAUGGGCCUACCGUCACUGUAGAGGUCUAAGCAGCCUUAAAAAAAACAAUAUUGGGUAAUAUUGUGGUCAUUCAAGAUCAGACGUUGUAGAUUUGACACCAAGUGUCUUGGAGAAAGAUGUGAUACCAGCUCGUUUCUAUUUUUUACAUUUAAAUCUUAUUGUAUAUUCUACGGUGCAUAUGACUAGCACGCUUGCGGAGAGUUCAUGGCUUAAACCUGAAGUUAUUACCUCAGGGUUAGAUUUUGGAUUUAAUUUUGUAUAAUGAUGCUGUUUGAGUGAAAUCUGUCCAUAUAAUGUUUAUUUGAACGUAUGUAAAGGUUUUGCUAUAUGAUUUGACGUUUUUAGGCAGACUGCAUAUUUGAAUGUAUUGUAAAAUAACACCUUGGAGAAGAUAUUUUCUAUAUUUUUAUUUGUUUGAAAUUUGGUCUUGUUACUGAAUCUAAAUAUUGGUGCCUGAUGGAUAGAAAUAUAUUUGAAUUGAGUGCUUUUUUAUGUUUUUAAACCAAAAAUUAGAGCAAAGAUAACUUUGCACUACAUAGCUGUCAUCAAACUUUCACUUGGCUGUUUGUCUGAAUUGUAAAACCUUAAUGCAGUUUUUCAUUUUAAGCAGAUGUUUAAUGUAACUUAAAGAAUAAAGGAUCGCUUGAACAAUAA